AUGGUUAUUACAGCAGUUCCGCCAAUAUGGACUGAUCGAGAUUCUUGUUUUCGUUGUCGAACAUCAUUUACAGCAUUCACACGUAAACAUCAUUGCCGUGCAUGUGGGGAAACAUUCUGCUCAAGCUGUUCAUCAAAAUCAAGUCCUUUACUUGAAUUUGGUAUUGAAGAUGAAGUUCGUGUUUGUGAAUCAUGUUACGAACGUGUAACAACAACGGGUAGUAUACUUCCGCCAACAGCGGCAGCAGCACCAACAACACUGACAACAACUAAAUCAAAUGAAAAAAGUCAGGCUGAAAUUGAUGAAGAAGAUGCACUUCAAUUAGCAAUAUCUUUAUCACAAAGUGAAGCUGAUGAAAAAGAACGACAAAAAAAGUUACUUACUCAACAGUAUGCAUUGUCAAAUAUACAAUCUCCUCCAACACCACUUAGCUCAGCGCCUAUUGCGGAUCAGAAUGAUAACGAACAAAAAACUGUCAGUGGUAAUGGUGAAUUAGCCAAAUAUUUAGAUCGAAAUUAUUGGGAAGAACAAACAAACAAAACUCUUGGACCAACGACAACAACAACAACUCCUAAUAAAGAUCCAUUAGAUAAAUAUGUUCGCGAUGAUGAAAUCGAUAUAUUUAUUAAUUCUGUUAAUGAACAUAUAAAUAAUAUUAAAUUUCGUAUGUUAAGUAAUCAACAACGUGGUCGAAAUAUUGCUAAUGAUACAGCUGUACAAUCAGUAUUUUUUAUUCUUCAACAUAUGUAUCCUGAAUUACAUCGAUUUAUUAAAUCACUUGAUGAUAAACAAGCUUAUUAUGAAAGUUUACAAGAUAAAUUAUGUCAAUUAAAAGAUGCACGAGAAGCUUUGAAUGCAUUACGUGAUGAACAUGUUGAGAAUAAAAAACGGCAAGCACUUGAACGUGAAAGACAACGUCAAAUACAAUUAGCUGUUAAACUUGAUGAUAUGCGUCAAAAGAAACAAGCAUAUUUGGAAUAUCACCGACAAAUCCAUUUACAACGUCUUGCUGAACAAGAAGCUGAAAUGCAAGCUCGACUUGAUCAACAACGACGUUAUGCUCAACAACGUGAACAACAAAACCAAGUUGAUUAUCGAAUUAAUCAAAUUCCAUAUGUGCAACCACCCUUAUCAUCUGUCGAUUAUUAUCAUCAUCCUCAACAACAACAACAACAGCAACAUCCUGUUUAUCCAUCUCAAUUACCCGCACAUUCAUUUUCAAUGGGACAAUUGUCAGAUGCUUUACCUCAACAAUUUGUACAACCAUUAUCUCAAAAUCAACAAAUUUAUUCUGCUCAUCCUUCGAUACAAUCAAAUGAACAAACAUUAAUCUCAUUUGAUUAA